AUGGCUACCGCUUCACUGAUAUUGUUGCUCGUGUCUUUGGUCGUUCUUACGGCAGCAAAGCCAUUCAACAACGAUCGAAUUGAGGAAAAUCCUCAACCCAGGGGAAUCCAGUACAGGCUGCCGUCGCUGUACGAACUGUACGAUCGUUAUCCUGAGCUGUAUCAGCGCCAAGAGUAUCCCCGUGUACUGUACCAACCGUCUGCCAGUAACCCUGCGGAGCUGUACAAUGGUGAUAUUCUCCAACGUCAACCAUCCGAAGAUCGUGAGGUUGCUGUCAUUCCCAAGGAACGCCUGGAGCAACAAGAUGCAGGUCUCGUAGAGAAGAAUGUGCAGCCAGAGAAACCAUCACUGGAUGAGAAGGAGCAGGAAAAGACGGUUUCCAACGGUGAACAACCGGAGGAGCCCUCAGAAGAGCCCCAACAGCGUCCGGAUGAUGAGAAAGAUGACGAAAAGGAGACUCCAAGCCGUGAACAGCCGGAGGACCCCGCCGAAGAGCCCCAGCAACGUCCUGAUGAUGAGCAGGAACAACCGAAGGACGAUAAACACGAUGAUCGUCCUGCAGGUGAACACAAGCCCCAUCCCAAACCGAACCCAAAACCCCAGAAACCUGGAAAAGAAGGUGACCGUCCCCGUGGAAAGCCACAAAAGAGGCCACAGGACUCGAAGCGACGCCCAGCCGGCCCGAGACGUCCACUUAUCAAGCCGGAACAGAAAGAUCUUGAGGUCGACGCACAACCAUUGGCUACCAAUCCGAAACCGGACACUCCAUUGGUGCAGAUUAACGUUCAAGUUGCAUCUCUGUGA